CUCCAUAUGUUACAAAUUGCACCCUGCAAAUCAUAUCACGUUCUCACUCCUGAUUUCCCCGUUCCUACCAUCUUCCGGCGUAGGAGGUAAAGAGCUUACUUGUGUCCGCCUCUUCCCUCGUCCCCCUUGGAGUCAGAAUGUUUCAUGGUCAGUUGUGGCUGCUGUCAUUGGUUACCCUCUUACUGGCUGUAGCUCUGUAUGCCUCACAAGCUCUAAAGAUAGAUGAUCACUCAUUAAAAACUGCCAUCUUCCACUCCCCUCCAUUUAUUUUACAACCAGGCUCUGUGGCAAACAAGUUCUAUUUCGAUGUCCCAUUCCCUAAAGGUCAUAUUGCUCUGAAGAGUUUUCAUGCUGAAGUGGUUGAUGAGAAUGGCAUCUCAGUUCCCCUUCAUGAGACUUACCUUCAUCAUUGGGUUGUGGAAAGAUACUACAGGGCGAGGGAACACAAAAUUCCUGGUGAUGUCGGUGCUUCGGAUCUUAACCUUAAAAAGUUUAUUUGGGCAAGAAAUGCUGGAAUUUGCCAAGGAACACUAGGACAGUACUUUGGCCUCGGUUCAGAAACACGUAGAACCUCCACAUGGGUUCCUGAUCCUUAUGGUAUAGAAGUCGGAAAUCCUAAAGACAUUCCUGAAGGAUAUGAGGAGAUGUGGUUGCUGAAUGUCCAUGCCAUCGACACAAGAGGUGUGGAGGACCGGCUGGGGUGCACAGAAUGCAGGUGCAAUCUGUACAAUGUGACUGAGGAUGAACAUGGCCGGCCUCUGAGAAAAGAUUAUACAGGAGGUCUGUAUUGUUGCUAUGAUGAGACGCAAUGUCGAGUUCGGGAAGGCUUUGGUGGUGCAAUUAGGAAGCUCUAUCUAAAGUACACAGUGACAUGGGUUGACUGGCAUGAGAGCAUUAUACCUGUCAAGAUCUAUAUUUUGGAUGUCACUGAUACAGGGGAGGUUUUGGAUGGUCCCCAUGAAGGAACUGCUGCCAAUUUGAGUUGCAAGGUAGAAUAUGAAGUCAAGGCAUGUGGUCUCGAAGGAAAGGCUAAUGGUGAGUGUCUUGAUGCUAAGAAGGCCAGAUUGGUCAUUCCCAAUGGAGGUGACAUUGUCUAUGGUGUUGCCCAUCAGCACUCAGGAGGAGUAGGCUCUGCUCUGUACGGUCAG